UGCAAUAGCUGUCACGUGGUAACAAAUCGAAGAGGAGUUGGAGCUGAACAUCAUUUAGCGUUAUGGGAGUAACAGUUGAGACUAUUCAAGAAGGACAUGGAGACAUUCCAAAGGCUGGCCAAACUGUGGUGGUACAUUACACCGGAACGCUAACAAACGGCAAAAAGUUUGAUUCUUCACGAGACAAAGGCAGACCUUUCAAGUUUAAGCUUGGAGCAGGCCAAGUGAUUAAAGGUUGGGAUGAAGGAGUAGCUCAGAUGAAAGUUGGUCAACGAGCAAAGCUCACUUGCUCUCCGGACUAUGGAUAUGGAGCAAGGGGGGUGUCUGGUGUUAUCCCUCCAAAUGCUGUCUUGAUAUUUGAUGUGGAGCUGCUUGGCCUGGAAUGAAAAGAUCAGUCAACAGUUUUCUGUGCCAUUUUUCCUUCUUCAAAAUAUUAUUAGUAUAGAUGCUUAAAAUCUAGAUAUAUACACAUCAUUCUGGAUUUCUUGUAGUUGGGUUAGGCGACUUAAGAUGUACUAGUUCCAUUUGUUAACCAGUUUACUUGUUGGAUACAGUAAUAUUUGCUGUGGAGGUGAACUUCUUUCUUUUCACCUUUGCCAUUCCAGGCUCCCACUUUUUUUUAUAAAAUGUUUUGCCAAUUUUUGCAUUGAAACUAUUUCUUCCUGUAUACAUAUCUCUGGUGUUAUAUCGUGCCUUUUCUUUUUUUUUUUCUGUUUUUGAGGUGAUAUCCUGUUUUCUUACCCCACAUUUUGGGCCCUGCUCCUGUUCCCCUCCACUUUACUAGCAAGCUUCUAAUGAUAUAUGGUAUUGCUCAUACAACUUGCUAUCCUUGGUAUUUUGAUUAUGAAUAAAGAAGGCUCUAAUGCGCUGAACCUUAAUAUA